AUGCAGGUUCCUCUUAUUCGCCUCCAGUGCGGCGUAAACAGCUACGAUUGGGGCAAGGUGGGCUCCACCUCCGCCGCCGCCAAAUUCGCAUCCGCUACACCUUCGGACGAUUUCAGCAUUCAAGAUGACAAGCCCUAUGCUGAGCUGUGGAUGGGCACCCACCCGUCGCUGCCCUCCAAGGACGUUGCGACACAGCGCUCGCUGCUAGAUCUGGUGCAGGACAACCAAAUGCUCAUGGGCCGCGAAAUCACUGAGCGCUACGGCGGCAAGUUGCCCUUCUUGUUCAAGGUGCUCUCUAUUCGCAAGGCUCUGAGCAUUCAAGCCCAUCCCAACAAGAAGCUAGCGGAGGAGCUUCAUGCAAAGGACCCCAAAAACUACCCUGAUGACAACCACAAGCCCGAGAUGACCAUCGCUGUCACUCCAUUCGAUGGCCUCUGCGGCUUCCGCCCGCUCGCCGAAAUUGCGCACUUCCUCGCAAACGUCCCCACCCUCCGCAAGCUCGUCGGCGAGGAAGCGGCCGAAAACUUCGAGACCACAAUCAAGGGCCGCGAGACGUCGUCGUCGGAAGAAGACACCAAGGCCAACAAGGCCGCUCUGCAGCAAGCCUUCACCUCGCUCAUGACCUCCGAGGCCUCGAACGUCGAAGCCGCGGCGGAAGAGCUCAUCUCCUCGGCGAAGUCCGAGGGCGCCUCCUUCGCCGGCGGCGGCGUCGCGAGCAGCAGCGGCGAGGAGCUGGCCGAACUGGUGGAGCGGACGUCGGGCCAGUUCCCGGGCGACAUUGGGCUGUUCGUGCUCUUCUUCCUCAACUAUGUCAAGCUCGACGUGGGCGAGGCCAUGUUCCUCAAGGCCGACGACAUCCACGCGUACCUGUCGGGCGACAUCAUCGAGUGCAUGGCGUCGUCGGACAACGUGGUGCGCGCGGGCUUCACGCCCAAGUUCAAGGACGUCGGCACGCUCACGUCGAUGCUGACCUACUCGUACGCGCCCAUCGAGGAACAGAAGAUGGCGCCCAAGGACUACUCUUACGUCACGCACAACACCAAGUCCUACUCGUCCGCCAGCGAGUCGGAGCUGUAUGACCCGCCAAUCGAGGAGUUCAGUGUCGUGCGCACCGCUCUCAAGGCCCCCGGCGCGAAGGCCACCUUCGACCCCAUCCAGGGCCCCAGCAUCGUUCUGUGCACGUCCGGCAGGGGCACUAUUGCAGUGGGGCCGAAGAAGGAGCCUGUUGAGCCUGGCUACGUUUACUUUGUGGGCUCUACGGCUGAAUGCGUGCUUGAGAGCGAGAGCGAGAAGGGCGAGGAGUUCGUGACGUUCAAGGCGUUCUGUGAGCUGGAGGCAGAGACAAGCAAGAGCUCGUUGUGA